AUGGUGACGGUGUCCUGGGACAGGAAGAUGGUGGCCUGGGACCUGGAGACAGGACGUGUCCUGUGGGAGACGCAGUUGGACGGCCUGCUGACGUCCUGCAGCUGCUCGUCUGACGGCCGGCUGCUGGCCUGCGCCGCCGAGCCUCAGGAAAUUGUCUUCAUCUGCAGCACCUCCGGUGGCCAGAUGUUGCAUCGCAUCAACAACCACCACCGCUCCACCAUCACACGGGUCCGCUUCGACCCUGUGGACCCGGUGGCGUCGGUGUCCGCAGACCGGACCGUCAAGCUGUGGGACGCUCAGGCUAAGAGGACGACCAUGUCCAUCAGCAGUAACCAUAGCAACGUGAUUUCCAGCUGCUGCUUCAACGGCAACGGGCACUUCCUGUGCACGGCAUCAUGGGAUAGGACGCUGAAGCUCUGGGACCUGCGGGGAGAAUUCCGGUCUCAAGGUGGCGCCGUGCUGGAGCGCGGCCAUGAGGGCAGCGUGAGCUGCUGCGUGCUGUCGGCUGACGGUGACAUGUUGGUGUCCGGCUCCUACGACCGGACCGUGGCGCUGUAUCCGUCCUCGCUCCGCCGGACUCUGGUUCUGAGGGGCCACUCUGAUUGGGUGACGGACGUGUCUCUCAGCGCUGACAGGAAGCUGCUUGUGUCUUCUUCCAAGGACGGCAGCGUCCGGCUGUGGGACGUGCAGAACGUGGAGCAGAUCCCCGAGGUGAUGCAGAUCAAAAGCGGAGAGGGAACCGGGGUCCAGAUCCUGAAGUGUGAAGAGUGUGGAAGGCCGUUCCCGGUGUCCAGACUGCUGACCUCUGACCUGCUGACGAGUUGCGUCUUCUGCCGCCUCAAAGCUCCGCCCACGUCCCGCCUCCAGCCGCCGCUGUCUCCCUGCCCGUCCUCUGAUUGGUGGAGAGCGCAGUGA